CUUAUAAGUUCUUUUUAACAGCUUAUAAGCUUAGACAAACACCGCUCUCAAAUGAAAUUAAACAAUGUAACUUUUGUACAUCUUUCUUCUAAGAUAACUCAAUCCAAAAUCACCUUUCAACAUAUGACUAAGGAGUUAAGCUAAAGUAUAUAUUCUUGAUUAUUAUUACUUCAUCAUAUUAUUGUUGGAAAAUCAUCCUAUUUAUAUGUAAAAAUCUUGUUAGUACAUACAUGCACAUAUAUUACUACAUGUCUUCUUGGUCGAAAAUCGAGCUAUAAUGUCGAGAAAUAAUUCGCUUCAAUCGCCUCGUCUCUUACUCUACCUCGUCUUUGCCGCAAGUGCUUUAUUUGCAAAUGGGAAUGAGUUUUACAUUGUUUUCUUGAAAGAUCAACCGGCGAAUCACAGAUUGACACACGAGACUCAUCUCAAUCUGCUCUCGUCCUUAAAGGGAAGUGAAAAUGAUGCCACAAAAUCCCUUGUGUAUAGCUACACAAAAAGUUUCAAUGCAUUUGCAGCAAAGCUUUCUCAAGAUGAAGCCACAAAAUUAUCAAAUAUGGAAGAAGUGGUAUCGAUUUUUCCGAACCGGUACCACAAACUAGACACGACGAAAUCGUGGGAGUUCAUUGGCCUAAAACCAACCUCAAAAAGGAACUUGGAAAUCGAGAGUAACAUAAUAGUCGGACUUCUUGACACAGGUAUAACUCCAGAAUCUGAGAGCUUUAAGGAUGAAGGUUUUGGUCCUCCACCUGCUAAAUGGAAAGGAACUUGUGCCCACUUUGCCAAUUUUUCAGGAUGCAACAACAAGCUUAUAGGAGCAAAGUACUUCAAGCUAGAUAAACAACCCGAUCCAAACGAUAUACUAUCGCCUAUAGACGUCGAUGGACACGGAACCCACACCUCUUCAACCCUAGCCGGAGCCCUAGUUCCGAACGCAAACCUUUACGGGCUUGCAGAGGGAACGGCCCGUGGGGCCGUUCCUUCAGCCCGAGUGGCCAUGUACAAAGUCUGUUGGGCAACCACUGGCUGUGCUGACAUGGACAUUCUCGCAGCGUUCGAUGCCGCAAUAAGUGAUGGCGUCGACGUAAUAUCCAUUUCGAUCGGGGGCCUUUCGGGAAGUUACACUUCGGAUUCUAUAGCCGUUGGUGCUUUUCAUGCUAUGAGGAAAGGGAUUUUAACGGUGGCUUCGGCUGGCAAUGACGGGCCGGGCCAUGGGAGUGUUGCGAAUCACGCGCCGUGGAUUUUGACCGUCGCGGCUAAUGGGAUCGAUCGGCAGUUGAGGAGUAAAGUGGUGUUGGGCAAUGGGGCGAUUGUGUCGGGAAUUGGAGUAAGCCUAUUUGAUCCAAAGCAAAACUUGUAUCCUCUUGCAAAUGGGAUUGAUGUAGCCAAGAACUCUGAUUCCAAGGAUUCCUCAAGGUAUUGUCUUGAAAAUUCAAUGGAUCCUAAGAAAGUGAAGGGAAAACUUGUUUAUUGCAAACUCGGUUCUUGGGGUACCGAUUCCGUCAUCAAAGGUCUCGGAGGUGUCGGAACCCUAAUCGAGAGCGAUUCGUUUCUUGAUGCCGCCCAAAUUUUCAUGACACCUGGAACUAUGAUCAAUUCCACCACAGGAAAAAAAAUCAGUGAUUAUAUUCACUCAACAAAAACACCAUCUGCAGUAAUACAUAAAUCAGAAGAAAUCAAAAUUGCAGCUCCUUUGGUAGCUUCAUUUUCUUCUAGAGGUCCAAAUCCUGGAUCACACCACCUUCUUAAGCCGGAUAUAACGGCGCCCGGAAUCGAUAUACUAGCAUCGUACACACCGUUGAAAUCGCUGACCGGGUUAAAAGGCGACACGCAAUAUUCCAAGUUCACAUUCAUGUCCGGUACCUCGAUGGCUUGUCCACAUGUCGGAGGGGCCGCGGCCUACGUAAAAUCGUUCCGUCCUAAUUGGUCUCCGGCUGCAAUUAAAUCGGCCCUCAUGACUACGGCAACACCAAUGAGUUCGAAGGUGGAGAAGGAUGCGGAAUUCGCGUACGGGUCGGGACAAGUUAAUCCAACCAAGGCAAUUAACCCCGGUUUAAUAUACGACAUGGACGACAUGUCAUACAUUCAAUUCCUAUGCCACGAGGGCUACAACGGAUCAUUAAUCGGGAGUUUAAUCAAUCAAAGCCCAAUAAAUUGCUCGAAUUUACUCCCUUCGAACGGUGAAGAUGCAAUAAACUAUCCCACGAUGCAACUAGCCUUGAAGAGCGAUCAAGAGCCGACGGUGGGUGUUUUCCGUAGGAGGGUCACUAAUGUGGGACCCGCAGAGUCGGUUUUUAAUGCCACUAUUAAAGCUCCGGUUGGAGUGGAGAUAAGUGUGAAACCGAUGAGUCUCUUUUUUUCGAAGGGGAAUCGCAGGAGAAGCUUUAGAGUUGUGGUGAAGGCGAAACCGAUGAAAAGUGCGGUGAUUUUAUCGGGUUCAUUGAUUUGGAGAAGCUCUAAGUAUAGUGUUAGGAGUCCUAUUGCCAUUUAUAAUCCUUGGGCUGAUUAAUGCAUAUAUAUAUAUAUAUAUAUAUGGUAUUAUUUGUAUGUUGUAGAUUUUAUUACAUUGUUGUUUGUUUGUAUUGUGUACAUUGUUCUUCAUAUGUAUUAAGAAUGUUGAUAGUUGAAAUAAAAAAGGUAUUUAGAUGAA